GCAGAGCGCUUGCGCCCUCGGAAUUCCCGUCAGGACGCGUUCUUGCUACCUCCCUUCCUCCCUCCCUCCCAGCGGCCCCCCCCUCCGCCAGCUGCGCGCGCCCGGUGGGCGUGGGAGGAGGCGUGGAAGCAGGGAGGGGGCGGGUGUCGCGGGAGGGAAGGAGCGAACCGGAGAGCCUCGUCCUGAGGAGGAGUGAAGGCGGCAAAAUGGCGGACCGCUUCUCCCGCUUCAACGAGGACAGAGACUUUCAGGGUAAUCACUUUGAUCAGUAUGAAGAAGGACACUUGGAGAUUGAACAAGCAUCCCUCGACAAGCCUAUCGAAUCGGAUAAUAUUGGACACCGCUUACUCCAGAAACAUGGGUGGAAGCUGGGCCAGGGAUUGGGAAAAUCUCUUCAGGGGAGAACAGACCCUAUUCCAAUCGUUGUCAAGUAUGAUGUCAUGGGCAUGGGUCGCAUGGAAAUGGAGUUGGAUUAUGCCGAAGAUGCUACCGAACGGCGUCGUGUCCUAGAAGUAGAAAAAGAAGACACAGAAGAGCUGAGACAAAAGUACAAGGAUUACGUUGACAAAGAAAAGGCAAUCGCCAAAGCCUUAGAAGAUCUUAGAGCCAACUUUUACUGUGAACUCUGUGAUAAACAGUAUCAGAAACACCAGGAAUUUGACAACCACAUUAACUCUUAUGAUCAUGCACACAAGCAGAGAUUAAAAGAUCUCAAGCAGAGAGAGUUUGCCCGAAAUGUUUCUUCAAGGUCCCGCAAAGAUGAAAAGAAACAAGAAAAAGCCCUUCGGAGGCUCCACGAGUUGGCAGAGCAAAGAAAACAAGCUGAAUGUGCGCCUGGAAGCGGUCCCAUGUUCAGACCAACCACGGUGGCUGUAGAUGAAGAUGGUGGAGAUGAGGAUAAAGAUGAGUCAUCAACAAACAGUGGUGCAAGUGCUGUUUCUUCUUGUGGCCUUGGAUCUGAAUUCUCCACGGAUAAAGGGGGCUCUUUCACUGCAGUACAGAUCACUAAUACCACUGGACUGGCACAGACUCCUGGGUUAGCCUCCCAAGGUAUCAGCUUUGGCAUUAAGAAUACUCUGGGGCCCCCACUGCAAAAAUUGGGAGUUUCAUUUUCCUUUGCCAAAAAGGCUCCUGUCAAACUUGAAUCAAUAGCAUCCGUUUUCAAGGACCAUGCAGAGGAAGGAACCUCUGAAGAUGGAGCAAAAACUGAUGAGAAGAGUUCUGACCAAGGGGUGCAGAAGGUGGGAGAUACUGAUGGGAGUAGUAAUCUUGAAGGGAAGAAAGAAGAUGAAGACCCUGCGGAUGGAGGGUCCCUUGCCUCAACACUGUCCAAGUUAAAAAGGAUGAAGCGGGAAGAAGGAACUGGAGCUACAGAGCCAGAAUAUUACCACUACAUCCCCCCAGCGCACUGCAAAGUCAAACCUAAUUUUCCCUUCUUACUGUUUAUGAGAGCCAGUGAACAAAUGGAAGGCGAUCAUAGUACACACUCGAAGAAUGCCCCAGACAACAAGAAAAGCAGCUCUCCUAAGCCUAAAGGUUGCAUUAAGGCAGCAGCAAACCAAGGAGUAGAAAAGGCAGUUGGUGAAGUUUCUGAGCCUCCGCAAAAGGAAACCGCUCUGGCUGAGCCUUCAGAGCCUGGAGACAAAUCUGAGUCAAAGAAGGCCUCAGGAGAGGGUAUAGGUGAGCAGAGUAUGGAGAGCCAGAAGACUUCAGAGAGCCAGACACGUGAAUCCAAUCCUAAAGAAGUUUCGCAGGCCACCUCAGCAGCAACAGCAGGCCAAGGACCCAAACAUCCCACUGGUCCGUUCUUCCCAGUUUUGAGCAAGGAUGAAAGCACUGCCCUCCAGUGGCCAUCAGAACUAUUAAUCUUCACCAAAGCAGAACCCUCUGUUUCCUACAGUUGUAAUCCUUUAUACUUUGACUUUAAACUUUCAAGAAACAAAGAUGCCAGGGCUAAAGGGACAGAAAAACCAAAAGAUGACGGAGGCUCCUCAAAGGAUCGUCUCCAGAGCCUUGAUCCUAGAGAGCCGGAUAAAAGUAAGGAGGGGGAGCAGAAUGUAGAACACUCCUCAGAAGGCAGAAUGGAUGAACCUGUCUCAGGGGCUGCCUGUAGCAGCCUGAACAAGCAGGAGCCUGGUGGUGGUCAUGGGUCAGAGACUGGAGACACAGGAAGAAGCCAUCUUAGCAAGAAAGAACCAUCAGGCAAGUCCCACAGACACAAAAAGAAAAAGAAACACAAAAAAUCCAGUAAGCAUAAACGGAAACACAAGGCCGAUGUGGAAGAGAAAAGUUCUAAGGCAGAGUGUGGAGAGAAAUCUAAGAAGCGUAAAAAACGAAAGCGAAAGAAGAACAAGUCAUCAGCCCCAGCUGAUUCUGAACGAGGACCCAAACCAGAACCGCCGGGGAGUGGUAGCCCUGCACCACCAAGACGACGCCGGUGCACCCAAGAUGAUUCCCAGCGGAGAUCCCUUCCUGCUGAAGAAGGAAACAGCAGCAAGAAAGAGGAUGAUGGAGGUGGUAGCAGUUCCCAAGAUCACAGUGGGAGGAAACACAAAGGUGAACCUCCAACUUCAUCUUGCCAGCGGAGAGCUGGCACUAAACGUAGCAGCCGCUCCAGCCGUCGGAGCCAACCCAGUAGUGGGGAUGAGGAUAGUGAUGAUGCCUCUUCUCACAGGCUGCAUCAGCAGUCUCCAUCCCAGUACAGUGAGGAAGAGGAGGAGGAAGAGGGGGAAGAAGAGGAGGAUGAAGACGAAGACUCAGGCAGUGAGCAUUCUCGUAGCCGCUCUCGGUCUGGCCGUCGCCCUUCCCCACACCGUUGCUCCAGGCGUUCUUACUCGAGCAGCUCUGAUGCUUCUUCAGACCAGAGCUGCUAUAGUAGGCAGCACAGUUACUCUGAUGAUAGCUACAGUGACUACAGUGACCGGUCCCGAAGGCACUCAAAGCGCUCUCAUGAUUCAGAUGACUCAGACUAUGCCAGCUCCAAACACAGGUGCAAACGACACAAAUACUCAUCAUCCGAUGACGACUAUAGCCUCAGCUGCAGCCAGUCCCGAAGCCGAUCUCGGAGUCAUACGAGGGAGCGCUCAAGAUCCCGGGGCCGAAGCCGCAGCAGUAGCUGUAGUCGGAGUCGAAGCAAGAGAAGUCGCAGCACUACAGCCCACAGCUGGCAGCGAAGCCGGAGCUAUAGCCGAGACCGAAGCCGUAGCACCAGGAGCCCUUCCCAGAGAUCAGGCUCCAGAAAAGGGUCGUGGGGUCAUGAGAGCCCAGAGGAGAGGCGCUCUGGCCGUCGGGAUUUCAUUCGGUCGAAGAUCUACCGCUCCCAGUCUCCCCACUAUUACCGAUCAGGUCGGGGAGAAGGUCCUGGAAAGAAAGAAGAUGGCAGAGGAGAUGACAGUAAAGGAACAGGCCUGCCCUCCCAGAAUAGCAAUACUGGCACAGGAAGGGGAUCAGAAAGUGACUGCGGUCCUGAAGAUAAGAAUUCUGUCACUGCCAGGCUGCUAUUAGAGAAGAUCCAGUCCAGGAAAGUGGAGAGGAAACCCAAUGUGUGUGAGGAGGUGCUGGCCACCCCUAAUAAGGCUGGGCUCAAGUACAAGAAUCCCCCACAAGGUUACUUUGGGCCUAAGCUCCCCCCUUCUCUUGGUAAUAAGCCUGUCCUUCCACUGAUAGGGAAGCUCCCAGCUACCCGGAAGCCCAGUAAGAAAUGUGAAGAGUCUGGAUUGGAAAGGGGUGAAGAGCAGGAACAGUCAGAGCCAGAAGAAGGGUCCCCAGGGAGUGGUGAUGCUCCAUUUGGGCAUCAGUUCUCCUCAGAGGAAACAGCUGGUCCCUUAUCAGACCCUCCCCCAGAAGAGCCAAAGUCUGAAGAAGCUACUGCUGAUCACUCUGUGGCUCCGCUAGGUACCGCAGCACACACUGACUGCUAUCCUGGGGAUCCAGCCCUCUCCCAUAACUACCUCCCUGACCCCAGUGAUGGGGAUACUCUGGAGUCUCUGGAUAGUGGCAGUCAACCAGGCCCUGUGGAAUCCAGCUUGCUGCCUAUAGCCCCAGACCUUGAGCACUUCCCCAGCUAUGCUCCCAGUGGAGAGCCUAGUGUUGAGUCAACAGAUGGGACUGAGGAUGCUUCCUUGGCUCCUCUAGAAAGCCAGCCCAUCACCUUCACCCCUGAGGAGAUGGAGAAGUACAGCAAGCUCCAGCAGGCUGCACAGCAGCACAUCCAGCAGCAGCUUCUGGCCAAACAAGUAAAGGCCUUUCCAACCUCAGCAGCCCUGGCUCCAGCCACACCAGCCCUGCAACCUAUCCACAUUCAGCAGCCAGCCACAGCCUCUGCCACCUCCAUCACAACUGUCCAACAUGCCAUUCUACAGCAUCACGCUGCGGCUGCCGCCGCCGCCAUUGGCAUUCACCCUCAUCCUCACCCCCAGCCACUUGCCCAAGUACAUCAUAUUCCCCAGCCCCAUCUGACUCCUAUUUCCUUGUCCCAUCUCACUCACUCAAUCAUCCCUGGCCACCCUGCCACUUUUCUUGCUAGUCACCCUAUCCAUAUAAUUCCUGCUUCAGCCAUCCAUCCCGGACCCUUCACUUUCCAUCCUGUCCCACAUGCUGCCCUCUAUCCCACCCUGCUUGCGCCACGGCCUGCUGCUGCAGCUGCCACUGCCCUUCAUCUUCACCCUCUUCUUCACCCCAUCUUCUCAGGUCAGGACCUGCAGCACCCUCCCAGCCAUGGUACUUGAGUUGGGACUAAGUUUAAGUUGGGCCAGGGAAGGUGACCUAUUCUUCCCUUGGGGGUGUUGAGCCAUUUAUACCAGCAAGUGAAAGCUGGAAUGGGCAGUGUCUUGACAGCCAAAGAAAUGAGUUUUGGCUUGCAGGGAUGGAUUUAGAUUUGAGGUUUGCUUUGGGUUUACUAUCAGGGAUAUUUUCCCCCUUUCUAUUCGUUCUCCCUCCUGUGUUUCUACCUUAGGGAACGCCAGUAAGUGCUACCCACACUCCUCUGCAGCAGACUGUCAAGCAUAGAUACUUCCUCCUCUACUUUGUAGUCCUCUGCUCUUCCUCCUGUAUAUUUAAAACAUUUCCCUCCUCUAAUGGGUUGUCACCAAAGCACUUGCCAUGGGCCCAUCUGGCCUGGCCUUCUCAAUGCCAGGCUGUCUCUUCAGCAGUGGACCCUCCACCACUUUUGGGCAGUGUCUUUGAACAACAUUUCGUGACAUUAUCCCAGAUGAGGUAGAAGAGGGAGUCUAACCUAGAACCAAAAGCAACUCAGGCUGCAAUUCGAUCCACUUUCCUUACAAACAGAGCCACGCAUUUGGCACUACUGUCUUCAUGCCCCUCAGCCCAGAAGAGGCAUCUACAUAUCCCAGAAAAGAAGAUCCUAUCAUGAGUAGAAGCUGUGCGGACCAUAGAGUCACUCAUGUGCUUCCCAGAAAGGAGCUUAUGUCUGGAGGGUAUAUUUUCUUCUGUUAUGUUGAUGUUUUCUUCUUAAUUUAUAGGAUUUUUUAAUGUAAAAUUGCACUGAACUCUAUAAACGUAAAUGCUGCUUUUUGUAGCCCAUAUUAAAAAGGUUCCGUAUUUGUAGUAUACUGCAAUAAUAUUUUUUACAUCCAGCUCUUUAAGUGAUCCUUGUUCUGGUGGCUUUCUGUAAAUACGUUUGCCCUAGUUGAAUUAAGAAACUUUAAAGGUUAUAAGGUUAAAAAAAUUAAUAAAGUAUUUGUUUUCUGCUAGAUACAAAAGUGACUAAGCAUGUAUAUUUUAUCAAGCUCCUGUAUUUUUUGAAGUUAUGAACUAUAAAAAUGUUUUUGUUUUUUGGUUUUUUGUUUUGUUUUUGCUGGGACAAGUGUUAAAUAAUUUGCAGUAAUUGGUUUAUUCUGCACUGGGAUUUUUGAGUUGAUGGGCAGCAAACAGCUGCAGGCAUCAGAAGGAUGCUCAGUUGCAAUGGUCUCCCUGACAGGCUUUGUUACACAGAGAAACAAUUGACUCAGUGGAGGAGGGGAAGAGUGAUUCAGCAGCUUUAUUCUCUGGAAGAAGUGACACUCGGUGAUUGUCUGGGAAGAAGGAGGGACCCUUGGUUUCCCUUGGUACCUUCUUCCAGACAGUCUAUUUGCCUUCCUAGUAUUUAGCCCCCUCUGACAAUUUUUUUAAUGUGCCUUUUGGGUUGGCUAGAAACUAAAAUAGAAGUAGACCAGAGGAUAAUAGAGUUGGGACAGUUUUCUCCUCUUUUUGCUGGGAGGUGAGCACGUUUAUAGGUACUUUUAGGUCUUUGGCUUCACAGUUGUAUGCCGUCUGCCUAGCUCGAUUUCAGCAGUAGAGAUUCCUUUUGCUUUUCUCCCGUGACACUGACCAGAAGUGCAUCAGUCCCUCUUCCCCGCUUGCCUUCACCCAGGCUCUCAGCCCUAGUUAACACUCUGGCCCAAAGGUGCUUGUAAUGCAGGUCUCAUCUCCUCUGCUGUUAGUGCUUGCUCUUCUUGUAACUGGGACUGGUUAAGCUGACAGCUGACAAGAUAAGCCCUACUUGCCUAGGCCAGGGUUUUCUAUUCAUGGCCUUCUCAGAUCCCCAGAAGGAGGAAGAGGUUUUGAGUUUCUGAGAAACAAGUGCUGAGCAAAUGAGGCCCUUGUUUGAGCCCAUCUUCACCUAAUUCGGAAAUACCACUCUUUGAAGAACUGGCCCUGGAGAAAUGAAAUCGAUUUGAAGUGAAGGGACUCAUUUUCCUUGCUUUCAGCCCAUGUAAAUAUUGAAAUAAAACAGUAUUAACAUUUGUGCUGCUUCCCGUUAGGUUGUAGAUUGAGCCAUACUCUGGCUGCCUCUCUGCUUUCCUGGAGGCAAUUUUUUCUUUAACUUCCAGAAUAGUAGUUUUAAAACUUCAGAAAAAAAAAAGGAAAAACAAAAUAACCUAUCCUUACUUACAAGCAUAACAGAUUGUAUUUAACUUUAUCACAUACGAUAGAGAUAUAUAUGCUGUAAAAUGAGGGAAAGGAACUUUCUAAUAAACCAAUGCUUUGUGGAAACUUAGCAGAGUCCGUUGUGAUUGUUGCCACUUCCACUCCCUCCAGCUGGGACAGGUUGGAGGUGUGGGUUAUAAACAAUGUCUUGUUGGAAGUAAUUAAAUAACAGAUCCUUGUAAACAUUGGAAUUGUUCUUCUGGAGCUUG